AUGACCUUUACACUCACUCAGACGUUUUAUAUUUUAGGAAUGUCUUCGUUGACGGAUGAACAAAGAAAGCGAAUUGAAGAAAACCGGGCUAAAGCUUUGGCGAAAUUAGCUAAGAAAAAGUCUGUAGCAGCACGACCUCAAUAUCAAAAUAAUACAUCUGCUUCAAAACAAUCAAGUAAUUCCAUAGUAAACUCAAAUGCUUUUUAUAAAAAGCCGCAGACAUUCAGUAAUGGAACAUCACAGAAAAAUGCCCCAAAAACGCAGAGUCUCUCAAGAUUCGAAUACCAUCGUGGUACGAGUAAAGCUUCCCCUUACAAGGCAAAGAGCAGUGUGCCUCCCAUGGCCAUACAGAGUUCAAGUGCAUUCAGUAAGAGUCCUAGUAAAACUAAGAGUGUGAACAAUACUGUAAUGAAAGCACGAGUUAUCAGUGGGACAUGCAUUUUGAUGAGCAAGACAAGAUUUAAAGUUGUGGUUGGAUUCCAUGCCAAGCUUAUUGGAGUUUUAAAAUCGAUACCAAGUAAAUGUUAUGGUAAGUUUGUCGUGUUAGUAAACAUACAAAUCAUUCUGACUUAAAACCGAUUUACACCUCACAAAUUUUGCCUAAAACUGACUGUGAACCUCAUGCAACCUAUACGUACUGUACCAAACUUGAGUUGUACUUUUAAAGUUUGUUCGUUUACUGCCACCAGGCAUAUCAAUCAUGUAUUCGCUCGCUACUCUGGUUUAAAUAAAUGAUUACAAAGCCCAGUCGAAUUGUAAUCAGGACCCAACGUUUCAACACUCCAGACUAGUGUCUUCAUCAGGGGUGAUCUAAAAUUGCAAUCGUGGCUUCUUAAAUACCCAAGGGAUGACGUCACCUGCCAAUUAGAUGCAUAUAUUCCUCUGGCAAAUAGGCACCGCCAUCCGUAUUCAAAGCAUGAUUACUCAUAUACAUGCCACGCUUCUAGGCAAAGUCUUUGACCAUAGCGAUUGUUUGUGGUAAUUACUUUAGAGUUUUCCCACGCAAUCUCGUGUUUGGUGUAACAUACAAUAUUACAAUUACUUAAGAUUCUCUUGAUUGGUUCUGUGACACCUUGAAUGUAUGGCAUAACCCUUAACAGAGGUAUCACCCUCGGAGUUAUUUUUGUUCCUACAAACAGGUGAUCUCAGGCAAUCAUUCAGAAAACGUUUUGGGUAAUCGUUUCCCCCUAAAACAUUUAGGGCAUAUUCACGUUCAUUAGCUUGAGAAUCACUGUUUCACGGCAAGGAUUCAGCUCUUUGAAGCAAAGUUUUUGCUACAGAUCUUUUAUGGCUUACUGGGUGAUGAGAGUCGUAUGACAAAUAUUUGUCUACAGGUGUGUGUGGGUUUGCGAUAAACAUCAGUCUCUAACUUCCCUUCGACAGCUUUGAAUAGGGAUGACGGUGCCUAUUUGCCAGAGGAAUGUAUGCAUCUCGUUGGUAGGUGACGUCAUCCCUUGGGUAUUUAAGAAGCCACGAUUGCAAUUUUAGAUCACCCCUGAUGAAGACACUAGACUGGGGUGUCGAUCGAAACGGUGGGUCCUGAUUACAAUUCGACUGGGCCUUGUAAUAAUUUAUUUAAAACCAGAGUAUAGCGAGCGAAACAUGAUUGAGUUGUACUGUUUAAAUAAAAAACUGUCUAACGUCUAGUAUUCUCAGAGAUAUAAAAGGAACUCCACUAACGCUAUUAUGAAUAUUAUUCUGUAGAUGCUCAGACACGCACGUGGAAUUUUCUUUUAGAAGAUUAUGAAAAGCUAAGUAAGUAACAUGUAGCUACUAUACCUCUUUUUUAUACAACAUGGGCUUAGCCAGAGGCCCAUCCACCCGUCAUUUGGACGUGCAUUUUUAAAUGUGGACGGGCAAAAUUAAAAUUUCAGUAUUUUAUCUUUAGUAAUUAGUACGACCGCGCAUAAGCUUAAAUUUUGCUAUAACAUGUGAUGACAUUCAACAGUCACUGCGCAUCCCUAUACACGUACAUCCACAAAUAAUAAAUUUACAAUUCCCUAUGUAUUUGCAAAAUAUUUAGUAUUUUAAGCAAUCUCGUUCCCCGAACCUGUGAUCCUCGGGAAGGAGGAACGCGAGGUUCUGGGACAAUCCGUUUCAGGGAGGAAUCUGAUUGGCCGUUGAAAUGGAUGCGUAGUUCAAUCUUAGCCAGGAUUCCUGGCUUCCGGCAACGGAUUAUUCCAGAGCCUCCCUUCCAUUCCCCGAGGAUCGCAGGCUCGGGGAACGAGAUUGUAUUUUAAGCUGAUCUUCAGUUUUAACCACAGUUUUACCAUUAUUCUUUUGACUGCUAAGAAUCACGUCCUUAGGGAAUAAAAAUUUGAUUUCAAAUUUAUUCUAAGGAAAACAUGACGUCUCUGGGAGGGAGGCAGAACUUGCCUAACACUCUUGGACGGGUAUAGAUUGCCAAUCCUGGCCAGGUUCCUGAUAUACAGGGUGUAUAAAAAAGGUAAUCCAAUUACCUUGGCAUGUUAUUGUGCAUUAUAUAUUUUACGUUUAUCCAUGCAUUUACUUUUCUCAAACCAUUAAAGAUUAGGCUUUUAGCUGUGGAAUGAUUUUAUUCGUCAGGGACAGAGUUUCUUGUGUCAGUGCAUGCGAUCAAAAAUAGCCAGAUAGGAUCUGAUUUAAAAACGCCGCUCGAAAAUGUAUUUUAUACCGAUGGGAAUUGCGUGUAAAGCUAUUCACUUAUUGUCUGAGUAUUGAAAUUUUUCUCAUUUGGGAUUCAAAUUCAAGUCGCUUGAAUCAAUCAAGAUGGCGCAACGCAUGUGUAAAGGCCGUUCUCCACUAGGCGGAAUUUUGCGCGCGGAGCGGAAUUUUUCUUUGUCUUGUGAUUUCUCGGGUGGAACUAAUUAGAAAAGACAAAGAAAGAUUCCGCUCCGCGCGCAAAAUUUCGCCUAGUGGAAAACCGGCUUUAAAGCAUCAAGUUUUGGUAAAUUUCCACUCGCAGGCCUUAAAAUAUCUUUUACAAGGCCGUCUGACAAAAUGUCCGAUGACUUUGAGUUUGGGUCGGAUAUAUGUAUGUGGAAAUGAGUAUCGGAAAUGAGUCUGAAUGAUACAAAUUGAUAAUUAAUAUCAGCACAAUGUAUUAAUUCUGAACUAAAUGUUGUGAAGAUAUUAAAUGAUUUUUGUCAUUCAUACUUAUUUCCAAGCCAAGAUUAAUUUGCUUGCCAAUAAUAGCAGUAGCUGCAGUACGACUUUGACAACUUAAGCCCGUUUUCUAUUUCGCUCACCGCCCCGCGCUCGAUGACAUUAAAAACAUUUCCGGGUCAUUUUUAUAACAUGCGAGCCUCUAGUCCUGGACUCGGGUACAUUUUGAUUUACGUGCGUGGAGAAAGCGUUGGACAAAGCUACAGUUCGGUCGGACAACAAUACAAUCGGGUCGGACAAAGAAUAAACCUCAGUUUCACUCAGGUCGGACAGAAUGUCCGGUGGUUUCCUCUCUACGUCGGACAAUUUGACAAAUGGGUCGGACAAUGUCCGUGACCGACCGAUAUUUUAAGGCCUGCACUCGUUUUACAAAACUGGAAGUUUGCAGACUGAACUCGCAAUACCAUAUACGUUUCCCAAAUGGCAACAAGCAUUUUGGGCAAAUGUUCGAAUUUUGUAAGUCGCAUUCAAGUCCUAAAGGUGGAAAACUGAGAUUUCAAACGACCGUAUAGCAUUUGGUCAUUUUGGUCGCAAUGAUUCAAUAAGGGUGUCAUUUAAUUGACAGCUGAAAGCCUGAUCUUUUUAAGUACGAAAAGAGUAAACCUAUAAAUACAAUAAUUCACGCACGGUAACAUUUCAAAGUUGGACCGGAUUAACCUUUUUUUAUACACCCUCUACAGUUAUAUAUUACAGACUUAUAUAUAGAUGGAGCCCAGGGCCCUAGAAAAAAACUUACAUUAACUGCACCGAAACGUCCUUUAUAUAACAUACUGUUUAGUUGGGCGACCUAUGUCGACCAAGUCAUAAAUUCGCUUUGUUUUUUUUUCUCUGGUGUUGCGUUUUGUCUCCAAUGAUGCUUUGAGGCAUGUGAGUCGCCCAAGUAAACGCCUACCCAGCAUCUUGUUUAAUAUUAAACGGUCUAACAUAACAAUUUAAUAUGAGACUUUUAUGCUUUUAUUAAUUUUAUGCUUCCAGUGUCAUUAUGUAAACCAUUGGUAGACGAGGUGAUAUUGUCUGGAUUUCCGAAAGAAGUUGCUCGAUUGUUUUUGUCAAAAAAGAGAGAAAGUCCUGCAGAUUCAGAAAUAAAUUGGGAUCUUAUUGAUAAGAAACUUGUGGAUUCUCUGAUGCCUUUUCAAAGAGAAGGUGUCGUGUAAGUACAUGGAGUUACUUUAUGCAAACAGUAUAUAUCACUGGGGAAAAAAUGUGAAAUCCAUGGUACGAAAUUUGCAAUUACACCACUAAAUCCAUAGUAUAUGUAUACUAUUACCAUACUAUAUCCAUACUAUGGAAAUAUACAAUUAUCCGUACAAUUUCCGCUCUAUGACCUUGUAUAUGGAUCUUCAAUUUUUCCCCUGUGUAUGACACAACUAAGUAUGUGUUUCAUUUUUGCACACAGCAAUCCUCGCGCGCGCGUGCAUCCAGUUGGUUUCAUAACAGAUGAUUGGAUCAAGUUCAGUCCUUUCCCUAACAUUGUUUUUGGGUUAUUACUGGGUAACAGUCUUUUUUAUCUCAACUUUUGACCAUUUUCUCAAAUCAAAAACUUCAGCAUGUACAAUCUACGCAUGCUUAGGCCCCAGUCACACGAUACCGGACACGCAUCGGAGCGAGUCGAGCGACAUUAACAAAGACGCUUUUCGGCCUCUUGCAACUUUUCAUAUUUGAAGUUUUUGACUGAUUCUGUUAUAUUAUCAUAAUUUUGAGUGCUAAUGUUUCCUUGAAACUGUAAAAUUAUAUGUCGCUGCGAUGCGAAUCCGGUAUCGUGUGACUGGGGCCUCAGUUAGACGAGUUAGCUUGCUGUAUCUUAGGUGUCAGUUUGUUGCCGCAAUCAUUCUGAUCAUGAAUCUUACAUUUCAGCUUCAGCAUCAAACAAAAUGGCCGAGUACUUCUUGCCGAUGACAUGGGAUUGGGAAAGACAAUUCAAGCAAUUGCUGUAGCGUCUUAUUACAGAACAAAAUGGCCGUUACUUAUUGUUGUUCCAUCUUCUCUUAGGAUGACAUGGAGAAGGG